AUGAAGAAAACCCUGAAGGAUGAGAUUGAAGCCAUUCUUAAGAAGAGGAUUAUGGUGCUAGAUGGUGGAAUGGGGACCAUGAUCCAGCAGUACAAACUGAAUGAAGAAAGUUUCCAAGGUCAAGAAUUUAAAGAUCACACCAGGCCGCUGAAAGGCAACAAUGACAUCUUAAGUAUAACUCAACCUGAUAUUAUUUACCAAAUUCAUAAGGAAUACUUGCUGGCUGGAGCAGAUAUCAUUGAAACAAACACUUUCAGCAGCACUUGUAUUGCCCAAGCUGACUAUGGCCUUGAACACUUGGCCUACCGGAUGAACAAGUGCUCUGCAGAUGUGGCCAGAAGAGCUGCUGAGGAGAUAACUCUGCAGACAGGAAUCAAGAGGUUUGUGGCUGGAGCUCUGGGCCCUACUAACAAGACGCUUUCUGUCUCCCCAUCUGUGGAAAGGCCAGAUUAUAGGAAUGUCACAUUUGAUGAGCUUGUUGAAGCAUACCAGGAGCAGGCCAAAGGACUGCUGGAUGGUGGUGUGGAUAUCUUACUCAUUGAAACUAUUUUCGAUACAGCCAAUGCCAAAGCAGCCUUGUUUGCACUCCAGAAACUCUUUGAAGAGAAUUAUGCUCCUCCCCGACCUAUCUUUAUUUCUGGGACCAUUGUUGAUAAAAGUGGACGGACUCUUUCUGGCCAGACAGGAGAGGCAUUUGUCAUCAGCGUGUCUCAUUCAGACCCACUGUGCAUUGGAUUAAAUUGUGCUCUGGGUGCAGCUGAAAUGAGGCCUUUCAUUGAAACAAUUGGAAAAUGUACAACAGCCUAUGUCCUCUGUUACCCAAAUGCAGGUCUUCCCAAUACUUUUGGUGACUAUGAUGAAACACCAUCCAUGAUGGCCAAUCACCUAAAGGACUUUGCUAUGGAUGGCUUGGUGAAUAUAGUUGGUGGCUGCUGUGGUUCAACACCCAAUCAUAUCAGGGAAAUCGCUGAAGCUGUGAAAAAUUGUAAACCUAGAGUUCCACCAGCUAGUGUUUUUGAAGGACAUAUGUUACUAUCUGGUCUCGAGCCCUUCAGGAUUGGACCAUACACCAACUUUGUUAACAUUGGAGAGCGCUGUAACGUGGCAGGAUCCAAGAAGUUUGCUAAACUCAUCAUGGCAGGAAACUAUGACGAAGCCCUGAGCAUUGCCAAAGUACAGGUAGAAAUGGGAGCUCAAGUGCUCGAUAUCAACAUGGAUGAUGGCAUGCUGGAUGGUCCCAGUGCAAUGACCAGAUUUUGCAACUUUAUUGCCUCUGAACCUGACAUCGCCAAGGUGCCACUGUGUAUCGACUCUUCCAACUUUGCUGUGAUUGAAGCUGGGUUGAAGUGCUGCCAAGGGAAGUGCAUAGUCAAUAGCAUCAGUCUGAAGGAGGGGGAGCAGGACUUCUUGGAGAAGGCCAGGAAGAUAAAGAAAUUUGGAGCUGCUGUGGUGGUUAUGGCUUUUGAUGAGGAAGGACAGGCAACAGAAACAGAUGUUAAAGUCAGUAUAUGCACCCGAGCUUACCAUCUACUUGUGGAAAAACUGGGCUUCAAUCCAAAUGACAUUAUCUUUGACCCCAACAUUCUUACCAUUGGUACUGGAAUGGAAGAACAUAACUUAUAUGCUAUCAAUUUUAUUCAUGCAACAGGAAUCAUUAAAGAAACAUUACCAGGAGUCAGAAUAAGUGGAGGUCUUUCUAACUUGUCCUUCUCCUUCCGAGGGAUGGAAGCCAUUCGAGAAGCAAUGCAUGGUGUUUUUCUCUACCAUGCGAUCAAGUUUGGCAUGGACAUGGGGAUAGUCAAUGCAGGAAAUCUACCCGUGUAUGAUGAUAUCCAAAAGGACCUUCUUCAGCUCUGUGAAGACCUCAUCUGGAACAAAGACCCUGAAGCUACUGAAAAACUCUUACGAUAUGCCCAGACUCAUGGCAAAGGAGGGAAGAAAGUCAUCCAGACAGAUGAGUGGAGGAGUGGCUCCAUUGAAGAGCGUCUUGAGUAUGCUCUCGUGAAGGGUAUUGAAAAGCAUAUUGUUGAAGAUACUGAAGAAGCCAGGUUAAACCAGGAAAAAUACCCCCGACCUCUGAAUAUAAUUGAAGGGCCUCUAAUGAAUGGCAUGAAAGUGGUUGGUGAUCUUUUUGGAGCUGGAAAAAUGUUUCUACCUCAGGUUAUAAAGUCAGCCCGUGUCAUGAAGAAGGCUGUUGGACACCUUAUCCCUUUCAUGGAAAAAGAAAGAGAAGAAGCAAGAAUUCUUAAUGGUUCAGUUGAAGAAGAGGACCCUUACCAAGGCACCAUUGUGCUGGCCACUGUUAAAGGUGAUGUGCACGACAUAGGCAAGAACAUUGUUGGUGUGGUGCUAGGAUGCAAUAAUUUCCGAGUUAUUGAUUUAGGAGUCAUGACUCCCUGUGAUAAGAUACUUCAAGCAGCUCUUGACCACAAAGCAGAUAUAAUUGGCUUAUCAGGACUCAUCACUCCAUCCCUGGAUGAAAUGAUUUUUGUUGCUAAGGAAAUGGAGAGGUUGGCUAUAAAUAUUCCGUUGUUGAUAGGAGGAGCAACAACUUCAAGAACCCACACAGCAGUUAAAAUAGCUCCACGGUACAGCGCACCUGUAAUCCAUGUCCUAGAUGCAUCCAAGAGUGUGGUGGUGUGUUCUCAGCUGUUAGAUGAAAAUCUGAAAAAUGACUACAUUGAAGAAAUACAGGAAGAGUAUGAAGAUAUUAGACAGGAUCAUUAUGAGUCUCUCAAGGAGAGAAAAUACUUAUCCCUAACUCAAGCCAGAAAAAAUGGUUUCCACAUCGAUUGGCUGUCUGAACCUCACCCAGUGAAGCCCACAUUUCUUGGGACCCAGGUCUUUGAAGACUACAACCUGCAAAAGCUGGUGGACUACAUUGACUGGAAGCCUUUCUUUGAUGUCUGGCAGCUCCGGGGCAAGUACCCGAAUAGAGGCUUCCCCAAGAUAUUUAACGACAAAACAGUAGGUAAAGAAGCCAGAAAGGUAUAUGAUGAUGCUCAGAAUAUGCUGAACAUACUGAUAAGUCAAAAGAAACUCCAGGCCAGGGGUAUAGUUGGAUUCUGGCCAGCACAGAGUGUCCAGGAUGACAUCCACUUGUAUGCAGAGGGUGUGGUACCCCAGGCUUCAGAGCCCAUAGCCACCUUCUAUGGGCUGAGGCAGCAGGCUGAGAAGGACUCUUCCAGUACAGACCCCUACCACUGCCUCUCAGACUUCAUUGCUCCUCUGCAUUCUGGUGUCCGGGACUACUUGGGUCUGUUUGCUGUUGCCUGCUUUGGGGUUGAAGACCUGAGUAAAGCCUAUGAGGAUGAUGGCGAUGACUACAGCAGCAUCAUGGUGAAGGCACUGGGGGACCGGCUGGCAGAGGCCUUUGCAGAGGAGCUCCAUGAGAGAGUUCGCCGAGAACUGUGGGCUUACUGCAGUAGUGAGCAGUUGGAUGUUACAGACUUGCGCAAACUCCGGUAUGAGGGCAUCCGGCCAGCUCCUGGUUACCCCAGCCAGCCUGACCAUACUGAGAAGCUCACCAUGUGGAGACUGGCCAACAUUGAGCAGGCUACAGGCAUCAGUUUGACAGAAUCCUUGGCGAUGGCACCUGCUUCAGCAGUAUCAGGCCUCUACUUCUCUAAUGUAAAGUCCAAAUAUUUUGCUGUGGGCAAAGUUUCCAAAGAUCAGAUUGAAGAUUAUGCUUUGAGGAAGGACAUGCCUUUGGCCGAGGUGGAGAAAUGGCUUGGCCCUAUUUUGGGAUAUGAUACAGACUGACUUCUUUCUCUGUCGUGCUUUUUUUUUUUUCCCACUCUUUUUCUUUUUUCUUUAAAACCUUUAUGUUUGCUGACCUCAGGGGGUACAAUCCAGAGUGCCUUAGAAAUAACAACAAAAGCACCUGUGUGCCUGCUGACCUCCCCCACUGCCAUUGUGGGAAGGCUGGUUGGUGGCACGUGAUAUAGAGCAGGUCUUCUGGGGUCCUAGAACAUAAGUACUGUUUCAGGGACCUUAAAUGAGGUGCAUCAAGGUGCCAAGGCUCAUGGUGUCAUUAGGUUGUUAGACUUGGAGCAAGUAGAAGACAUCUUUUGCAUUUCAAAGCAAGUCAACUAGCUUUUCCUCAUUUUUGCCUUUGACCUAGGAGGGCACUUGUACCUGUUUUUUUGUUGUAUGUUUGUUUGUUUUUAUUGUUUUCUCACAUUAAAAAAGGUCCUGAAAAUAAGUUGAAUAGAGAAAUAAGUUGUAUAGAGAAAUGUGACAUUUCAAUCUAAGUGUUUCAACAGUAGACUUGGACAGGGAGGAAGGUGUUACUCUCUUUUCUCCUGCAGGAAUAUAUUUUCUGAGGUUCAACUAACUGUAGAAUUCUUUGGCAAAGGCAUACUCGCUGCUUGCUGGACAGAAAUACUGGAACUGUUUGCCCUGGUGUGCUGGUGUAGCUAGGCACAGUCACAUUUUCCAUGCUUGUCGUUUCAUGGUCCCUUGCACUAGUGGAAAAAUGGAAGAGAAAGAAAGUGACUUCCAAAGGUAUUAUUUAAUAUCUAGCUGUUCUCAGAAUGAGUAGGUUCUCAGCUGAGCUCUGGUAUUUGUGCAGAACCUGUGGGUGGCUAAGCCACGCAGUUCUUUGCCUGCGCCUGACUCCAAACUAACAUAUUUUGGAUAUACUAUACUGUCUUGCUCUUUGUUAUUUCUGAAAAUAUUGUUCAGAGCUUUAGGCUCUGAAAACGAGAUUUAAACAUCAACUUUGCUGUAUAACUUCCAUGUGACAUAAACCAAGUGCUCAGUCUUCCCAGCCUUGUCUGCUCAUCUAUAAAAUGAGAACAGUGAUCUUAAUUUCUGUCUCGUUGGAUGAGAUUUAAACAGAAUUGUGCAUAGAGACAGCUCAGAUACACACAGAUGUCUAAGUGGAGGUUGUAGAGCUCUGUGGUCUUAGCACUGUAGGUCCUCAUGAAAAGAAGAAGGACUCAAAAGAGGAGGUAGUGUAGAGAAAUAUGUAUGGGAACCUCCUUUUGGCAUUAGAUCCCCACUUACAGUUUACACUGACUGAGGAAGAG